AUAGGCAAUUUCAGGGGUCUAGAAUUCUUGAGGUAUUAAAAGUUUCCUGAAAAGGGUUCCUUCUUCCUCAGGUUCUUGAAGGUGCUUAAACAAGAUUCAAGAAACAGAUAGAGCAAGAUAUGGGUGCUCUUCUUGCUGUAUUUCUCGGAAGGAAAUUCAAGGCCUCUAAAUUCAAGACUAUUGCAAAGCUUGCAAUCUCUAGAGUCACCAUCCUCAAGAACCAGAAACAAGUCCGGUAUUCCCAUGCAAAAUCUGAUGUUGUUGAGCUCCUGAAUUGUGGUCAUCAAGAACGAGCUCUUCUUCGUGUCGAGCAUAUGAUCAAGGAGCAGAAUUUGGUGGAUGCUUUUAUUAUGAUAGAAGACUAUUGCUACUUACUUAUAGACAGGAUUACGCUACUUAAAAAGGAGAAAGAAUGCCAUGAUGAGGUCAAGGAAGCUAUUUCAACCCUGAUCUUUGCAUCUUCCAGAUGUGGAGAAUUUCCUGAACUUCAAGAAAUUCGUGGGAUUUUCGAAUCCAAAUUUGGGAAAGAAUUUGCUGCUCGUGCUAUCGAGCUGCGCAAUAAUUGUGGAGUGAAUCCCAAGAUCAUACAGAAGCUAUCGGUGCGACGGCCAAGCUUGGAGAAUAGAAUGAAAGUCCUGAAGGAGACUGCUUCUGAGAAGGGUAUUGUCCUGCAUUUGGAGGAAGAUACUCCUGUUGUUGCUGAGGAGAAAUUAGAUGACAAGAAGAAGAAGAUGAUACCGCAGCAGCAGCAACAAGAAGAAAUUGAUGAGACUGAACCUCAAGAUAAACCUCUUGUUUUGAUUGAGGUGUUGAACCCUGUUGAGAAGUUAUCUAAGUCGACGAAAGCAAGGAAUAAGUACAGAGAUGUGACUGCUGCUGCUCUAGAGGCUUUUGAAUCAGCAGCUUAUGCAGCGUCAGCUGCAAGAGCUGCUGUCGAACUCUCAAGACCCAAAUGUCAGGAAAGUGAUCGAGACGAUCAUAACGGUUUUAGUCAUCCAGGACCGACCAAUUGCAAAUUAGUGAUAGCAUAUGAAGAUCCAGAGAAGAUGGAAACUCAAAUGACACGUCAGUAUUUAAAAAAAUCCAUCUGGUUGACUAUUCGAACUCCGAAUCAGAAAGUGAAGACAUGGCAGAGAACAAUGGAGGAAUGUGUCUCAGGAAAUUGAAAGAGAGCAAAAAUAAACUUGGAAUAGAUAGGAAACCAUCUGCUUUAAGUUCGGAUUCUGACUGGAAUAUUCCAUCACCAAAGCACCAGGAGUUGGAUUUUAUACAAAGCCAAGUUUUCCCACAAGUGAAACCCAAAGCAUUGGCCAGUCAAAUGCAGUAGAGGAAUAUAGCUCAGAUGAGAACGGGAACAAGCCUCCAUACAGAUCCCCAAACUCGAUUCCAGUCAGAUCUGUUGCUGAUACGAUGCAAGGAGAAUCUAAGUUGACAGGCACACCGAACAGAAAUUCAAGAGAGCAACUGCAUUUGCAGCGCUCGAAACUAGAAAGGGAGCCCUUAUCAAUGAGAACUAAGAGUACAAGGGGGACUGAGAAGAACAUGGGAGGAGUAGAAAUUUUGUUUUGUGAUUUUUAAUUGUUUAUUUAUUUUCACUAUGGACGAGUUCCUUUUUUUUCUUUUUCAUUUGUAUCAUAUAAAUAAACUGAUAUUGUAGCCUCAGUAUUGAGUAUGAAAUAUUUUGAAAGAAUCUUAUAUUUGUUGAUGAA